AUGGCAAGGAAGAUGUUAAUAUUGGAUGAUCCAUUUUUACAAAAUUGUAUAGAGGUUGAAUGUGGUUCAGUAGGGGGACAUUGGGCAGCAGGGGAGAACGUUUUCGUUGCGGAGGAAGUCGAAGGUAUUCCAGCAGAGGGAGUCGCUGAUGUCGAAAAUUUAGAGGAGGAAGUCGUUAUUGUCGGUGGUUCAGAGGAGCAAGACGGUGCUGGCGAAGACGAAGCUCAUGCUGCAGCAAUUGAAGAAUUGCUAAAGGAGGUGAAUGUUGGGGAAGAGUCCUAUAAAACUCCUACUAAAGGAAAGAGUAAUGUGGACAUUAGUGUGGAGGUUGAAGAGUUUGCGAAUGUGGAGGUUUCACUUCCCCCUCCCACUGUGGGAAUGGUGUUUGACAGUUGGCAAAAAAUUGACGAGUAUUUCAGGAAUUAUGGUAAGCAGGAAGGUUUUGGAGUAGUCCGGUCGUGUGGAGCAACAAUAGGGAAAGGAGCGAAUGCAAAGGAUAAGAGGAACGUGACAUGGACUUGUGAAUGCUACGGUUUGCCAGGAAGGAAGAGGAAGAAAACCGGGUCUACAUUUGUGAAUGAUUCUCAAAUUUGUGAAGAAGUGUUGAUAAAAAGGAAGAGCAAAAAAGUGGAUUAUGUUGUACAAUUGAAUGCCACCGUGAAUAAGGACGGUGACUGGUUAAUUAAGAGGGUGCAUCUUGAACAUGCCGGUCACAACCCUACUCUAAGCAAGUCCAAAAACAUUACAAAGUUUAGGAAAAAGUUCCUCAAUGAUAAUCCCCACUUGGUGCAACAAUUGUUGAAUGAUCGGAGAGCUGGAGUUCCAGAAGCUCAGAUUUUUAACUGUAUGGCUCGACAAAGAAAUGGUAGGGACAACAUGCAAUUCACACAGCAAGAUCUUCACGAAGAAGUGGCGAAAAAAAGAAAGGAGCAAUUUGAGGAGGGCGAUACAAAGGCCAUGUUUGCUUACUUUAAGCGAAUGGUAGAUGAUAAUUCUAAUUUUUUCCACACGUAUCGUGUUGAUGAGUUGGGGCGUCUACAAGAUGUGCUUUGGGUAGAUGCAAGGAUUCAGGUUGCCUACGAGGAAUUUGGCGACGUAGUGGUUUUUGAUUCUACAUACCUUACGAACGAAUACAAGUUACCAUUUUGUAACUUUGUUGGGGUCAAUCACCACGGGCAAACAAUUUUGUUUGGAUGUGCACUGGUAUCCCGUGAGACUUCAGAAACUUUUGAGUGGGUUUUCUCAAACUGGCUGCGGUGUAUGGGGGAGAAAAAACCCAUUGGUAUUCUCACUGAUCAAGACCCGGCAAUGAGGAAAGCGUUGAAGGUGACCAUGAAGGAAAGCACUCAUCGAUGGUGCAUUUGGCACAUUACUAAAAAAUUUGGCAAGAAAUUGGGCAAGCUCCCUAAUUAUCCAGCUAUGCAUGAGGACCUCGAGAAUGCAAUUUAUGACAGUCUAGAUUCUGAAGAGUUUGAGAGUAAUUGGCAAGCAGUGAUCAAGAAACAUGAAUUAGAAGCUGAUGAAUGGCUAACAGGUUUGAUCCUGAGGAAGUUUUCUGUAAAUGCCUUUUUAUGGAGACCUUGUAAUGGCUUGUGUGUGUUGUUGUUUGCUGUGUUAUUGUCUUUGUUUUCUGUUCUGCCUGUACUUUUUUGUUUGUGGUUUGUGGUGUCUGUGUUCUGUUCUGUUGUGUUUGUGGGGUGUGUCCAAUGUGGAGGACCUUCUGGUUUGAACAAGGCCCUACAUACAUUCGUGUUGAGAGUAUUCAUAGGUUUUUUUGAUGGAUACCUGAGCAAGAACACAUUGUUGUCUGAGUUUGUUGAGCGGUAUGUCGAUGCCUUGGAGGUUAGAUCUACUAGUGAGAAAAGGGCUGAUGACAAUAAUGAGAGGUAUGUUCGACAAGCAUAUAGUGACUUUCCAGCUGAAUUGGUCUUCUAG